AUGGCGAGCCACAUUUUCCGCAUCUUCAAGCCUGAAGAGAGCAAGCAAGAUCGCGCCCAGCGUCGCCGCGAUCAACUCCGGGAUGCCCAGAAAACUUACCGUGACCGCAAGACCAAAUAUGUCAAGUCGCUCGAGAAUGAGCUCUCGAGGGUUCGGCAGAACGAAACUCACCUCAUGCGCCAGGUGGAACAGCUCCGUAGCACCCUGCAGUCCUGCGCAACGGUAAUGCGCCAGAACGGUCUGGACGUGCCGCCGGGCGCCUGGGAUGUCGGGUCGCCAGGGGGACUCCUUUCGCCAUAUGGCAACGUGAAUGGCACAGAGUCGAGUGGACCAUCGAGCGUGUUUGGUACAGAGUCCGACCUCUUCUCUCCGUUUUCACCCCAGAGUGGCGGCGUCAUAUCUAGCCCGCCCCAAGAUGCCCGCUCGAUCCAGCAGCGACUGAACCAGCAGCAACAUCAUCAGCAUCAACACCAACAUAGCAAUCAUUCCUCCCCCAACAGCAGCGGCACAUCCGACGUGUGCCUGGGCGGGUGGGAUCCUGCCGGUGUACCUCUGCCUGCCCCGGGCGUCCGCGUGUGCGAUGUCGACCUCGUGGGAGCCGGCAUGGACUUUGUCUUGACCAUCGAGCGGCCUUGUCUAGACCAUCUACACGGCGACCCGACCAAGCCCGACGACCCCGACGGCCACGCCCUCACCGUCUCGUCCUAUCUGAUCACGGCAUCCAAGGGCAGCAGCCAAAACACCGACGGCAACGGCCCGGCCAGCGCAGUCAACAACCCGAACGCUGCAUCGUCCUUGUCCUGGCCGCCCGCCCCGCCGCCGUCCCAGCCCGGCUGCGGAACGGUGUGUCACGACGUGCCGACCGCGGUCUUGGACAACCUACUCAACCUGUCGGGAGAGCUCGUCGACUCGGACCACGAGGUCACGCCCGUGCAGGCCUGGCACUACAUUCGGUCGCGGCCGCAGUUUGGAGGUCUCGAGGUCGGGGUGCUGGGCAGGUUUGCGAGGAAGCUUCGGGAUGCCGUCAAGUGUCAUGGUUUUGGCGCUGUGAUUGAGCGAACAAAGUUCGAAAGUCUUGUUCGGCAUUUUCUACGCGACAUUAAUCAUUUUUGA